CAAAAAAAAAAAAAAAAAAAAAAAAAACGAGCUCCAAAUUCUCUGAGAAAAUGCUGAAACUCUAAGUAAGCUGCUGAAAUUCUCAUCCCAAUGUCACACAAAUCCCUAGAUUCACGGCGCACUUUCCAGCUCCAUGGAUGGAGACCUUUCCACCUGCAGCAGCAGCAGCAGACCUCCACGCCCACCUCCAAAACCCUAGACUCCUCCGAUCCCAAAUCCAAUGGCCUCCUCGUCCACACCAAGCGUCCCUGUUUAUCCAAUCGAACGACUUCAUUUUCUGUCGACGCCAUCGACAUGUCCCGGCUGACCCUGGUCGACGACGACAGGACGAUCUCCGGCGGACACCAUAAUGGGACCGGGAGCUUUCGGUUCAUCGCUAAGAAGCGGCGGCGUCGCGGGUCGAGGUCGGUUUCGGGGAGGAGUAGUGAUCGGAGUGGGACCCGUAGGUGCUGCUCGGUUGGGGCUUCGGCUGCGUACGGGACGUGUUCAGAUUUUCCGGUGGCGGUGGGGACGGACUCGAGUGGGGAGCUGUUUGGGAAUGGGGAUGCGAAUUGGGCGUCGGAUGUGAGCGAGGCGAGGAAUUCGAGGAAGGAGAGAGAUGGAGGUGGGGGGAGUGGAGAGAAGGAGAAUGUGGGUGCUGGGUUUGGUCCCGUUGGGGGUUUUGAUAUACAGGGGAAUGAGUCCGGGUACGGCAGUGAACCGGGUUAUCGCGGGGACGCGGAGUUCGGGUAUGGCGAUGAGUUUGAUGAGGAGGAGGAGGAUACUCGGGUAUUGUUUUGGGGCGAUCAGUUUGGAGAUGCUGAUUCUCCGAUGGAGACAGUGGGGGAGAAUACAUUUGUGGAUCAAAAGUCCCAUCACAGAUGUCGGCGGAAGAAACAUGAUUGCAGAAUGGUUGAUGCAUUAAGGUAGCCGAACUGGUUGGCGCAUACAAAAGGCUUCUACAUAUCCUUUUUCUCGGUAAACAAAGUUCCUUUAUAUCACUUAGUCAUCGGGUUUCUAUUCGGAAGGAUGGAUGUUGGCCCCCUGAUGAAAUCUGUGUAUGCUGUAAUCACUGCUGUCCCACUUGUCGGGUCCAUUUAGAGAGUGAGAGGUUUUGGUAUGUAUACGCAAAAGAAUUCGGAUUCAUGCCACAAUGUUGCAUUCUAAAAUCGUGUGUGGAGGAGUAUGAACGUGCAUUAUGCUAUUGUGUGUUGUUCA